AUGGUAAAUAAGUGGAAAAGCAUGGUUAUCCUGUGGAUUCCCUGCCUUAUCUCGCAGGUUGUCUUGCUUGACGAUAUUGAAGCCCCAGAGAGGCAUGGCGAUAUAACAAUAGACAGCACAAACAAUAAGGUAGACCACAUCUCAAGGAAAAUACGAAUGAAAACCGCAUUGAACCCACAGAAUAUACCGUACGAAAGACACCAGCAUAGCCGAUAUAUUGCAUAUCCGCCCGAUUCCAUGAACAAAUUGAAUAUGCCGCAUAACAGGAUAUACUCCAUAGAGAGAGAUACUUCCAUAAAGAUUGCUCCUGUAGACAGAAGAAAUUAUGCGCACGCAUCUGUAGACAGAAGAAUAGAAGAACUGCUGCAGGACAUAGAAAAAACAAAAAAAGAACAAGCCAUGUACACCCAUACACAGGAAGAUCUGGAGACAAAGAAACAAGCCCUGGACGACAUAACAAAUAGCAAGAUAACAACAGAGCAGUCGAUUGCCAUAACCCGAAAAGAGAUAUUUGCAGUAGAAAAUACACUGCAAGAACUGAAAAACCAGCUGCAGGGUCUCUCUGUGAAAGAGUCGAACAUGCUCAAAGAAGAAGCAGAGACAAAGAAAGAAAUAAAUCAUCUCCAAGCGCAGCUAACUAAUAAAGAAGUGCUACUCCACAGGCUGCGCAAGUUAAAAAAGAAGUAUAAGUGGCUAAGAAGCGAAUAUAAUUAUUAUGAGGCAGACAGCAGUACCAACUUAUAA